AUGAAGUACGAACAAAUAGCAGAGUUGCUCAAUGCCAUUUCUGAGAGAUUUGAUUGGGAUAAAGUACUGGAAGGCCACAACAUUAUUGGACUCAAACAGGGAAAGCAAAGCAUCUCACUUGAGACUGGUGGUCAACUUGAGCUAAGUGGUGCUCCCGUUGAAACUCUGCAUCAGACGUGUGCUGAGCUUAAUUCACAUCUUAAUCAGGUCAAAACUGUUUCAGAAGAGAUGGGAACUGGAUUCUUAGGCAUUGGUUGCCCGCCAAAAUGGGGACUGAGAGACAUACCCAUGAUGCCCAAGGCAAGAUUUGAGAUUAUAACAAAUUACAUGCCCAAAGUUGGCUCUCUUGCACUUGAUGUGGCGUUCAGGACAUGUACUGUUCAGGUUAAUCUGGACUUUAGUUCUGAAGCUGACAUGAUAAGGAAAUUUCGUGCUAGUCUUGCUUUGCAGCCUGCAGAUUGCAACAGCUCUGUUGCCAAUUCACCUUUCACAGAUGGAAAGCCUAAUGGUUAUCUCAGCAUGAGAAGCCACUUUUGGACCGAUACUGAUAAGAAUCGCACUGGAAUGCUUCCCUUUGUUUUUGAUGACUCAUUUGGGUUUGAACAGUAUGUCGAUUAUUCUCUCAAUGUCCCAAUGUAUUUUGUCUACCGGAAAAAGAAGUAUAUUGAUUGUUCUGGAAUGUUCUUCCGGGAUUUUAUGGCGGGAAAACUUCCUUCUAUUCCGGGUGAACAUCCAACUUUCAAUGAUUGGGAGGUUCAUCUGGGAACAAUAUAUCCGGAGGUCAGGCUUAAAAGAUACUUGGAGAUGAGGGGUGCUGAUGGAGGACCUUUCAGGAGUUUAUGUGCACUCUUUGCAUUUUGGGUGGGUCUAUUGUAUGAUGAGGUUUCUUUACAAAAUUUUCUGGACAUAACAACUGAUUGGACCUCCCAAGAAAGACAAUUGUUGAGGAAUAAGGUACCAAAGAGUGGUCUGAAGACACCAUUUCAAGAUGGAUUGCUGAGAGAUGUUGCUGAAGAUGUUCUAAAGUUGGCAAAGGAUGGCUUGGAGAGGAGAGGGUUUAAGGAGACAGGAUUCUUGAAUGCAGUGACUGAGGUGGUCCGAACAGGUGUGACACCAGCUGAGAAGCUUCUGGAGUUGUAUUAUGGGAAGUGGGGAGAAAGUGUGGAUCCAGUUUUUGAGGAGCUGCUCUACUGAUGGUUCUUCACCAUGCAUCAUAUAGCAUCUUGUGUUUCUUUCUUUACAUGGAAGUUAAGCUGUAAAACUUUCAAUCCUGAAAAACCACUUCACAACAUUGAGGAACUAUGCCAAACUGCAUUGUUUUACAUUGGUGGAAGAGGAUAUUUGGUCAAGGGGACUAUGUUUAUCAUGUUCCCAGGCCAUUGUUGUCAUAUAUAUUUU